AUGCACCAAAGUGGAGGUUGGGGCGGCAUUAUAGCGCCACGGAGUUUAACUCUCCUGAACACAGCCAGUCCGUGGGCGAUGCUCACCCAAAGCCACGCAGGAGAUUGAACGCCGAUCACCAAAGUUCGCUGAUUGCGCGGAGCGGCAGGAGAAACCACGCCGGUGCGUCCCCCGAAAAGCCACGAAGCUCCAGGGAGAAGACACAAAAUGUCACAGAGCAGAGAUCAGAAGAAGUUCAUCUUCCUGUCCUUAAUAUUGGUGUCUCGUCUGUUUGUUAGCGCCGAGUACUCCAGCUGCGGAGAGUACGAGUUCUUCAACCAGACCAGCAACAGCUGCCAGGCCUGUCCACAGUGCCAGCCGGGACAAGAGCCGCAUAUGACCUGUGGUUACGGUGUAAAGGACGAGGACUUUGCAUGCGUGCCGUGCCCGCAGGGGAAAUACUCCAAAGGAAAGUAUGAGAUCUGCAGGCGCCACAAGGACUGCGAUGCCCUCUACAAAGCCACUGUCCGUGUGGCAGGGACUGCUGAAAGUGACGCUGAGUGUGGACCGUGUUUACCAGGGUAUUACAUGUUGGACAACAGGCCCAGGAACGCCUAUGGGAUGGUUUGUCACUCCUGCCAGAACGCACCGAGCAACACUAAAGAAUGCAUGCAAACCAGCAAACCCAAAGUAAAACCACCGAUUGAUCCUGGGAGCACUACAGUCUUCCCUCAUCGACAUAAAGAAUUACCCGGACAGGGUCAUCUAGCCACAGCACUCAUCAUUGCCAUGUCAACCAUUUUCAUCAUGGCCAUCGCCAUUGUUCUCAUCAUCAUGUUUUACAUCCUGAAGGCCAAGCCGGGUGGGCAAGCAUGUUGUUCUGGCCAAGUUGUAAAAGUCGUGGAGGCUCAGACCAUCAAACAGGAAGAGAAGAAAGAUGUCCCUGACAACGUGGUGAUCUUCUCAGAGAAAGAUGAAUACGACAAAUUGAAGGCAUCUCCUCAGAAGACGGUGAAAAGUGAAAACGAUGCAUCGUCCGAGAACGAGCAGCUGUUGAGUCGCAGCAUCGACAGCGACGAGGAGCCGUCCGACAAGCAGGGAUCGGUCGAGAGCAAUUCGCCCAAACACAACUUGUGCCUCGUGGACCUGGGCAACAAACCUGACCUGUCUCUGCUCUCGCUGGGACUCCUGGACCGUGGCCGCACAUCCAACGGUGCCCCGGUGGUUGCAGCCAGCCAUGCCAUUAGCAUCCAGAGUCCCAACCACAUCAACAGUGUCAACCACAUCGCUUCCAGCAACCACAUCAGCACCAUGAAUGGGAUCAACAACAAUAAAACCCCAGGGAUGCUACAAAGUCGGAGGAAAAAGAUAUUAGAGCUGUAUGCUAGAGCCUGCAACGUGACCGAGGGCCUGAGCCCCACCGAGCUUCCUUUCGACUGCCUGGAGAAGACCAGCCGCAUGCUCAGCUCCUCCUACAGCAGCGAGGCGGCCGUGGUGAAGACGUGGAGGCACCUGGCAGAGAGCUUUGGCCUGAAGCGUGAUGAGAUCGGGGGCAUGAGCGACGGCCUGCAGCUCUUUGAAAGAGUUAGCACGGCCGGCUACAGCAUCCCGGACCUCCUCACUCGGCUGGUGCAGAUCGAGAGGCUGGACGCCGUCGAGUCUCUCUGCGUGGACGUGCUAGGAACCAGUGAGGUGGUGGCAGUGGCUGGACGGCAGAGUAUCAACAGCUUCCACAGCCAGCUGGUGUGUCCUUCCCAGUGCACAUCUCCCUCCCAGCGCUGUGCCAGUGUCUGAGUAUUUGGUGGAGCAAAGACUUGAGACAAGGAGGUCUUUAAGUACACAUUUAGUGUGUGUAAGGACAGAGUUUGCUCUGACGUCAUGGAAGACAUUGCAUACAUGUGUACAUGCUACCCCAUCACAUGAAGAAUGCCAGUGGGCGUCUUGUCCACAUUCAUUUAUCUUUAAAGAAGCUAAAAGUCCAAAUAACUCAAAUUAAAUGACUUUUUUUUUAAGUUUUUGCUGCAAAGUAUGAGAAAGGUGUAAAAAAAAAAGAGAGAUAUAUGUCUGUUUAUUAGUGCAGAAAAAAUGUUAAAUCUGCAAUUUCAGUAUGGUUCUGUUCUGCAAGAAUUGAAUAUUUGCAUUAGUUUUCUGUUUUUCUUUCAUUAGCAUGUUGUUUUCCCCAAAAUGUGGAAUUGUAUGAUGCUGGAAAGCCUUUGCGCUGGACGCAACUUCACAAUCUAUUUUCAAAUGCUAAGCAAUGAGAUAUGAUUUUUAUACAAUUGCAUUUCCCUAAAUUAGUACAGUAUAUCAUCAAAAAGUUAAAUUAUUCCAGUAAUUCCAUUCAAAAAGUGAAACCUGUAUAUUAUAUAGGUUCAUUACACACAAAGUGAUAUGUGAUAUAUAUAUAUAUAUAUAUAUAUAUA